AUGGGGAAGGCAUUGGUUCAAUUUCAGAAGCUUCAGCAACUGCGCCUUACCCAGUAUCAUGGAGGGUCCUUACCAAAUGUGAGCCAGCUGCGUAGCAGUACGUCAGAGUUUCAGCCAUCAUUCCAUCAAGUUGAUAACGUUCGGGGAACCCGCCACCAUGGUCUGGUGGAGAGACCAGCCCGGAACCGCUUCCAUCACCUUCAUCGAAGAGCUGGGGACAAGCCAGGAAGACAAUUCGAUGGUAAUACUCUGGGAGCCAAUUAUUCCGCGCAACCUCUGGAUGAGAGUUGGCCAAGGCCUCCUUGGAAAGAAGAAAAGCAUCCUGGGUUCAGGCUAACCUCUGCACUCAACAGGACCAAUUCGGAUUCUGCUCUUCACACAAGUGCCCUGAACACCAAGCCCCAGGACCCAUAUGGAGGAGGGGACCAGUCAACCUGGCCUGCCCCAUACAUGGGUUUCUGCGAUGGCGACAAUGAUGGACGAGGGGAAGUGGUAUCUUUCCCUGGCCCAUUGAAAGAAGAGAAUCUGCUAAAUGUUCCCAAGCCACUGCCAAAACAGCUAUGGGAGACCAAGGAGAUACAGUCCCUAUCAGUGCGCCCUCGAUCCUGUGAUGUUGGAGGUGGCAAUGCCUUCCCACAUAAUGGUCAAAACAUAGGGCUCUCGCCCUUCCUGGGGACCCUGAACACAGGGGGAUCAUUGCCCGAUCUUACCAACCUCCAUUACUCAACGCCCCUGCCAGCCUCCCUGGACACUGACGACCACCUCUUUGGGAGUAUGAGUGUGGGGAAUAGUGUGGGCAGCCUCCCAGCCGCCAUGACUCACUUGGGAAUAAGAAGCUCCUCGGGUCUCCAGAGUUCCCGGAGUAACCCCUCCAUCCAAGCCACGCUCAAUAAGACAGCCCUUUCCUCCUCCCUAAAUAGCCACCCACAAACAUCCAUCCCAAAUGCCUCUGCACUUCACCCAUCGCUCCGUUCCUUUUCCCGUAGCAACCCAUCCCUUUCCACCACAAACCUGAGCGGCCCCUCUAGGCGGAGGCAGCCUCCAGUCAGCCCUCUCACGCUUUCUCCUGGCCCAGAAGCACAUCAAGGUUUCAACAGACAGCUUUCUUCCACCAGCCCGCUGAACGCAUAUCCUGCCUCACAGAUGGUGCCCUCAGAUCGAAGCCCAUUUUCCUUCCUGCCCACAGACGCUCAAGCCCAAGUGUCCCCUCCACCCCCUUACCCCAUGCCCCAGGAGCUCUCUCAACCUCUCCUCCAGCAGGCCCAAGCCCAGGAGCCCCCUGCUCAGCAGUCCCAGGCGGCCUCAGCACUGCCCCACUCAGAUUUCCAGCUCCUGGCAGCCCAGGGCUCAUCUUUGACCAACUUCUUCCAAGAUGUGGGCUUUGAGCAGCAGUCCAUGAGAGCAGGUCCAGCUUUUCUUCAGCAGGUGCCCCUGAUGCAACAAGGCCACCGAGAUCCGCAGGACUCAUUUAAUUUAAGAUCAAAUAUGUAUUCCAACUGUGGGAACUUCCCAAACACCAUCCUGACAGAAGACUCGAACACCAGCCUGUUCAAAGACCUCAGCAGUGCGCUGGCAGGCAUGCCCGAGGUCAGCCUGACUGUGGACAAUCCAUUCCCAUUGGAAGACGAGCUCCAAAUUGAGCCCCUGAGCCUGGAUGGACUCAACAUGCUCAGUGACCCCAGCAUGGGCCUGCUGGAUCCCUCUGUUGAAGACACAUUUCGAGCUGACCGACUGUGAACAGAAUGGAACAUAAGAGACUUAUUUCUGAAACAGACAA